AUGGCACGUCUGCUUACCAUCACACUGGGUCAUUAUUGACCAUAGCUGACUGCUUCACCAUAGCAAGGUGCCGAGGUCACAGUCUACGAACAAGACGCCUCUCUACAAGCUCGCGCUCGGGACUGGUUCGUCUGCACCCGAAUGCCUAUGCUGUCGUCAUCAUCACCAGCCACCACUCACAUACAAUAGGAACUUCGGCAUAUACUGGGCUCAGGUGCCUUUGCAAGAAUGUCUGCCAGAAUACCUCCACAGCGAGGUCGAAAACGCACAAGUGGACGAACACCGAGCCAGCGAAGAUGAAGUCAUGCCCAUCAUUAAUGGAGAGACCGGCGACGUGUUGAAAGCCGUCCCAAUCCCCUAUAAUAUCCGUCUCGCCCGGAAACGAUUCCUACGCGCGAUAUCAAAUGGCGUCGACAUACGCGUAUCUGCCCACAAGUCUCCCUCUUGCCACCGAAUGCUAAUGCACCGCACAGUUCGGCAAAAGAAUCGCAUCCAUCUCAUCCGACGGCCACGUAGCGACAGCGACUUUCCAAGACGGCACGACAGCGACAGGGAACCUCCUUAUCGGCGCAGAAGGCGCUCACUCGCCCGUCCGGAAAUUCCUCGUCGGACCCGAACAGGCUGCUCCUACUCCCCUGCCUCUGGUAGCAAGCGUCUGCAUGGCCAAACUCCCCUCCGAAGCAGCCUUGAAAUUCAGACAGUACGCCCGUCGUCUCAUGGUCAUCUUCCACCCCUUGGGCUACUUCAACUGGAUCGGCGUCCACGACGCUCACGGCCACUCCCAACCUGGAGAAUGGACCUUCAUGAUGAUCAUGAGCUGGAUUCCAAACGACAGGAACUACGACGUAAUGAACCUCCAAGGCGACAAGAUCCUCGAAGAUCUCAAAAGGCGAGCCGAAGAUUUCGAAGAAGGCAUCAAAUUCAUGUGGAAAUCGAUCCCCGAGGGUACGAAAUGCUGGCAUAAUCGCCUCUCGCAUUGGAUCCCGGAACCUUGGGAUAAUCACCAUGGCACCGUCACACUCGUCGGCGACGCUGCGCAUCCGAUGACCUUUCGUAAGUUUUUCCGUACCCUUGUUUUUCUCCUUCUCCCCCUUCUUCUUCCUCUUCUUCCUCUUCCUGUCCCUCCACCAAUCCACUACAUUCUCUCCUCUCCACCAACCAACCAAACCCCCCCCUCCCCCCCCCCCCCCCUUCUACUCCCCCACCAGCACCCUUUAGCUAACGAACACCCCUUCUUCUCGCCCCUUCCAGACCGCGGCCAAGGCCUCAACAACGCCAUCAACGACGCCGCCCUGCUCGCCCAGAAAUGCAGCUCCCACGCCUUCACCCCCGACGCCGUCCGCGCGUACGAGGCGGAAAUGAUCCCCCGCGCGCAGGAAGCCGUCCGCGGCAGCACGGCCAACAGCAUGGACGUCCACGAUUGGGCCAAGCUGGUCCAGAGUCCCCUCUUCACGCACGGCUUGACGCAGAAGUCCAAGUGA